AUGAAAUCGAUGGGCACCAUCUCCACCUGCUUCGCCCUGCCCCCGGCCCCACCUCUCGCUUCCGCUCCCUCUCCCUCCGGCCGCCCCCACCUGCUUCUUCCCCAGGAGGGCUCCGCCGGCCCCGCGGCGGUGAGGGCGGCCGCCGACGUGACGGCCCCGGGCGCCCGCCCCGGGGGCGUCGUCGAGAGCGACAGGCUGCCGUCCGACGUGAGGAAGCGGGCGAUGGAGGCCGUGGACUCGUGCGGCCGGAGGGUCACGAUCGGGGACGUCGCGAGCCGGGCAGGGCUCAAGGUGAACGAGGCUCAGCGGGCGUUGCAGGCGCUUGCUGCCGACACCGAUGGCUUCUUGGAGGUUUCAGACGAAGGUGAUGUCUUGUAUGUAUUUCCAAAGGAUUAUCGUGCAAAACUUGCGACUAAGUCAUUGAGGAUAAAAAUUGAACCUUGGCUUGAUAAGGCAAAGGCUGCUGCUGAGUAUCUAGUGAGAGUUUCUUUUGGGACAGCCCUAAUUGCUUCAAUAGUUGUUGUCUAUACUACCAUUAUUGCUUUAAUCUCAAGCAGAAGUGAGGAAGAUAACCGAGGAAGACGUGGAGGCAGAUCAUAUGACUCUGGAUUUUCAUUUUACAUCAGUCCAACUGAUUUAUUUUGGUAUUGGGAUCCAUAUUACUAUAGGAGACGACGGUUACAAGUAGACGAUGACAGAAUGAACUUCAUUGAAUCUGUUUUCUCUUUUGUAUUUGGCGAUGGUGAUCCAAAUCAAGGAAUUGAAGAAGAAAGGUGGAAGUUGAUUGGUCAAUAUAUUUCAUCUAAUGGUGGUGUUGUUGCGGCUGAAGAACUUGCUCCUUAUCUUGAUGUAGAAAAGACAACAGAUAUGAGUGAUGAAUCAUACAUCCUACCUGUACUUUUGCGUUUUGAUGGACAGCCAGAAAUUGAUGAAGAGGGAAACAUUCUGUAUAGAUUUCCAUCUCUGCAGCGCACAGCUUCUUCCCAGCGAACUGGAAGGAAAGAAUAUGUGGGUAGGAAAUGGACUGAUUGGGUUGGUGGAGUACAAAAGUUCUUCGAAGAAAGGAAAUGGCAGUUUAGUAAAGCUAGUGCAUCAGAGAGAGCAAUGGUUAUUGGAUUGGGCGGGCUUAAUCUUUUUGGUGUUAUCAUUCUUGGGACGAUGUUAAAGGAUUACACUACUCUACCAAGUGGGUUCAUUAAGUUUGUUGCUGACAUAUUUCCCUUGCUUCAGAUCUAUGCUGGUUCAUUUUUUGCAAUUCCGGUGAUCCGUUGGUUGCUCCUGCGCAAGAGGAAUGGUGAAAUUGAGAGAAGAAACCAAACCAGGCUAAAGUUUGCUCAAGCACUUGAAUUGCCAGAUAUUUCAUUGAGACGGAAGCUUUUAAGUGCUCGGGAGAUGGCACAAAGAACAUUCAUCGGACAGGAUCGGAUUGUCUAUAGCACUGACAAGGACUUUAUCGAGCAAGACUAUGAUGCCCGUGACUGGGAAAGGAGGUUUCGAGAGAAUGAGAAAUCGGAGUAAAGACAGAUUCUGAAGUUCGUUCAUCAUGCACAGUAAGUCCAUACUCGAUUGAUACAGGAGGAGAGCGGAUGAAAGCACGUCGUGGUUGCCGAGGAAUUUGCGUAAUGGCUUGCAUUCUCCGCGUAGGAAACGCCCCACCCACACCAUAUAUUUUUUGUACCUGUGAUAUGUCACCUGGCGAUCUUGGGCCAAUGUUGGCUCCUGGAUGGGCUGCUUACACAGUGACCUGCCAAUUGCCAGUGUGGUGGUCUGUAUCUCGAUAAAAUUAAAUGUUAGUUUGGGCCUUUUGUAUGUUAGCGAUAAAUGCACUAAAAGUUUUAGAAUUUCUAAUGAAAAUAUAAUCAAAUUCUAAAAUUUUCAGAAUGUGCAA